AUGGAGGGCACUAAGGACGAAAACGGAGCAGAGAAAGAUACUAUUCAAAGUUCUAUAGAUGGAGCGCAAGCCCUAACUGGAGAAUCAACUCUGAAACCUGGACGAAAGUCCGAUGAGAGCAACUCGAUCAUACCUGACAAUCCCGACAAUCGGCAAAGUGCCAGGGCUGCACAAGAGCCUCCCUCUGAACAGCCUACUCCUGAUCCUGUGCCCAAGCAGUAUUCGGUCUUCACCACGAAGGAAAAGAGACUCAUCAUUGCAGCCGGUUCGCUCGCUGGGUUCUUUUCACCCCUAUCGUCCUCCAUUUACCUCCCGGCCCUCAAUAGCAUCGCGGAUGCCUUACAUGUCUCCGGCUCCCAGAUCAACUUGACCGUCACCACGUACUUGAUCCUGCAAGGCAUUGCUCCGAUGAUGAUUGCCGGGUUUUCCGACAGUAUGGGUCGGCGUCCUGCAUAUAUUCUCUGCUUCUCCAUUUAUUUGGUCGCGAAUCUUGGACUCGGCCUGCAGAAUAGUUAUGCUGCCCUGCUCGUUCUUCGGUGCAUUCAAAGCGCGGGAAGCAGUGGCACCAUUGCCCUGGCCAACGGCCUGGUGGGGGAUACCGUAACAUCAGAACAGCGAGGUGAAUUCAUCGCCUUUGCUUCUUUGGGUGGUCUGUUAGGCCCUUCAGUCUCUCCAAUCAUAGGAGGCGCGAUUAGCCAGUCUCUGGAUUGGCAUUGGAUCUUUUGGUUUCUUCUCAUCUUCUCUGCCGUCUUCUGCGUCCCUCUGUUCUUGUUUCUCCCUGAGACUUGUCGCAACAUCGUCGGGGAUGGUUCCAUUCCUCCGCCGCCGUUAAACUGGUCCUUGACAGACGUCAUCCGUCACAGACGCCGAGCACGACGAGGUGCCGCGUUUGAUCCCGCUGAACAGGCCGAGUUACGCAAGAAUUAUCACUUUCGCCUUCCAAAUCCCACACCUACCUUGCUGAUUCUCAUCGAUCCGGAAUCGAUCGUGAUCUUGGUUGCCACGGGACUGAGCCUUGCUUGUUUCUAUGGGAUUUCCACCGGCGCCGCCUCAUCGCUGUCAGAUGUGUACGGGCUCAAUAAUAUUCAAAUCUCCUUGAUGUUCAUCCCGAUCGGGGUGGGUGGCAUUGUAUCGGCAUUCACCACAAGCAAAUUGAUCGACUGGAAUUAUCGUCGACAUGCCCACAAACACGGAAUCAUCAUCGUCAAGGGCGUCAAACAAGAUCUGUCCGAGUUUCCCAUUGAACAAGCUCGCAUGGAGGUGGCUUUACCACUUUUGGUUCUGUGUUCAUUGUUCAUGAUCGGAUACGGCUGGACAAUGGAUCACAAAAUCAGUCUGGCAGGACCGGCGAUAUUCCUCUUUUUGCUCGGCUACGCGGCCAUUGCAACAUAUCAGACUUUCAAUGUGCUCAUGACAGACAUCUGGCCCGGGAAGGCCGCCUCAGCUACGGCAGCCAACAAUUUUGUCAGAUGUGAGCUUGGGGCGGCAGCAUCAGCAGCUAUCGAACCGAUGAGUUCGGCGAUGGGAAGAGGAUGGGCUUAUACGACAUUGGCGUUGAUCUAUAUCGGCUUUGCACCAACUUUGUUGAUUCUCAUGCGACGGGGUAUUGAGAUGCGAAAAGCAAGGACAGAAAGAGAGGAGCGAAAAAAGGCUAAAAAGGUUCAAAAGCAGGAGAAAAGGAAUCAAAAAGGAUAG